AUGGAAGUAGAGGUGAACUGGGAAAAUUUCCAUUAAUAAUACAGAUAAUUAAGAAAAUACUCAAUUAUGUUACAAAUUUAUACAAACUCCCAAACUCUUCUACACUUGUGAAGCAGGCAUUUCUCAGCUCCAAAGAAUUAUACCUAAAUGGUAAAGAAUCUUUUUAUUCAAAUACUGUAAAUCUAUUGCAUAAACAUUUCCCCACACUGGAAAAAACAGUCGAUUUAGAACAUUUUAUCAAUGACAACAAAGUAAAAAAUAUAAUCGAUCAAAUAACAAUUAACUAGAAAAUACAUGCAUGCAAAAACCCUCACCUUACUGACAAAACAUUAUGUUUUCCGAAUAUGAAAAAUUGAAAGUAUAGUUGUCAUGGUAACACGAUAAUUUUAAGAAUAGUUUUGAAAUUGAAAAAUCCCCACAAAAUAUCACUUUUAAUAACAAAAUUUGGCCCUUCCAAAGAACAUCAUUUACAUGACCGUCAGUACAAAAUACUCUAUUUUUAAUAAUUUAUACUGAGAAUGCCUCCCAAAAGACAGCAAGCAUGGAAAGACCUAGAAAACAAAAUGAAAAACAAGCAGAUUAAGGUGAAUACAGUACAACAACGGGGAAAGAAAGCUGGUUCUGCACCACACGAGCUAAUAGUACAGCGCUUGGCAUCUGAGCCGGAUCACAAACAGACGUUAAAACCAGUGCAACCGAGAGAAUUUGUGGCUUAUGAGUACGAGGAUUUAACAUUACCAAAUCUGAAGAAGGCAUGUGGAGCCCAUUUUCGCCUGCCAGCCAGUUCCUGCGAUGUUGUUGUGACGAACAAGUGACCUUCAUGUACCAACAUCAACCAAAUACCGCACAGGAAGGACAAGGUAGGCAACUUUUUUUCACAACUGUAGAAUAAACGCAUUCAGAUAUUUAAAAUUCAGGGUGUGCAAUUUCCAGGGUGUGCCAAAUUUCGGUACUUAGCCCCAAAAAACAGAUAUAUUGUCCUUUGCGCGGAAAUAUUUAACACACAAAUAAGACUGGGGCCCAACAGCACCUCGGGGCAAUUCCCCCCCCCCCCCUUUCGGCGGCCCUGGCAAUUUCACUGAGGAUAAAUAUCCAGUAUAAAUGUAUAUUAUACUAUAUAAAUCAUGAUCCACUGCCCUGUCUCAAUGUUCUGAAACAGGGAAAUUAUCAGACUGGAACUUGUUCUCACUAUCCUGUCUGCUGGUAUGUUUUGUCUCUAAUGGUAACUUUCCAAAAUCAAAUAUAAAAGUUUCAACACACGACUUUCACAUAUAUCAUAGAUACACACUGGUAUGUGCCUUAUGUUUCAUUUACCGUACAAUCCUGACAGUAGCAGUCCUCUUGAAGUAGUGGUCCCCUGUAAGUAGCAGUCCCCUAAAAGUAGCGGCCCCUGCAUGUUGUACCCUCCCCUCUGAAAGUAGUAGCAAAUUUGUUAUGUUUAAAAAAUAUUAGAAAGUAGCUACCCCCUGAAAGCAGCACCCCCCACCCACCCAUAAGUAAUGAGUGGGCUAUAAACAGUAUUUGAUAAGAGUACGCUUCCAUGAUAAAAUGAUGAUGAUAAGGAAAAGAAAUGAUGAAGAAGGAAAAAAGCUUGGUUUCAGGGAAUUGUAACAGGAUGAUAACAAGAAUAUUCAACUGGUGUUAACAUAUUUUACCACCCAAAAGUGACACCCACCUGUAACGCACCUAUCAAUGUUAACCCCCAGAGGGGGUGGGGGGGCAUAAGUGGGGUAUUUGCUCAUCAAUUGCAUCCCCUCCCUGGGGAUUUUGAUUAGCAUUUGGCCCUGAGUUGGGGCAAUUUGAACUGAAUGACUUUUAUUAAUAUAAUAUUUAUUGCAAUUUUGGUGGGGCAUUUGACCAAUAUUUGUUGCCCGACGGUGGGAUUGAAAUUUGAUUGAAAAUUUGCUCAAAAAGCAAAUGCCCCACCUAUGCCCGACCACCCCCCCCUCUGGGGCUUAACAUUGAUAGGUGCAUAAGUAGCCUCCCUCCAAAAGUAGUGGCUCCUAACAGCAGAUGAAACCAGAGUGGGGGGGGGGGCUACAUUAAAGGAUUCGACUGUAUUGUAAAACUUGGGAUAUUUGGGUCAAAUGCAUAUAAUCAAUACAAAACAAACAGGGGGAGUAAAUUGUGUUCACAUUGUGUCUCAUUAUUUGUUUAAUGAUAGGUGUACCUUGUGCGAUUUAAAUUAGAAAGCACUGAGCAAGACGGGGAGGAGUGGUCAAUUCAAAGCGAGUUACAAAAUAGCAUGCCUGAAUACCUUGCAUCUCCAAGUAACAGUGAGAAGGAUGAAGAUAUUGAAGAAACUGUGUACCCAGCAUCCAUUUCUAUUGAUGCAUUGAUGAAAGCCGGGCAGCUUGUUAAACCCAGGAAAAAGAACCAUGUGACAUUAACGCUAGAAAAGUUUAACAUCAAGGACCAGGAAUGGGUGACAGUUAAAAAUCCCCUUGAUUUGGUGGUGGAGACUGAUAGCUUUUCCUCUGGAGGAUUCCGAAAUGCUUUUCUGGGAGUAAGUAAAGAUAAAGAUAAAUGGGUCAUCAAGACCUAUAAUGAUAAGGCUACAGAUACCAUCACUGGAACAUUAGAAAGCACUGUUGAAGACCAUACACGCAAACAGAUCCAAAUGCAUUGUGCUGCCUAGGCACCUGGCAAAAAUGUUUGGUACCAAACCACCUGAGGAAUUUGGCCAAUGCUUCACAUUCAAUCAUGCAUACUACACACUAUACCAAGGCCAGCCAGCAACUGUUGAGGAAUUUGUUGAAGGGACAUUUAGGAAGUAUAUUAAUAACAAUGGCAAAGUAUGCAAACAACCAGAAACUGGCAGCACUGCUGAUAUGAAGACCAUUUUUGAAAAGGCAGAAUGCCCAGUUCAUUUCUCGUAUGUUCAAAGCUCAGAGAAAUUGAUGCUUCUUGAUCUUCAAGGUGCAAAGUAUCAUUUGUAUGAUCCAGAAAUUGCCACAACAGAAUUGCAUAGUGAGAAUGACGAGGUUUACUUCUGCUGUGGUAAUCUAUCAACCAUCAGUAUUGGUGAAUUCAAAGAAAACCACAAUUGCAACAAAUUCUGUGAGAUAAUGGCCCUAAAACGUGAAACCUUACUUUUCAACAGUACUUGA